GAGGAGGGGGAAGCGGGGACCCCCCCGCGGCGGGACCGCGACCUCCCCCCUCCGCUGGGGCGCGCCCCCCGCCCCUCGCACCCCUGCCUCGCCAGGCCUCUCGCGCCCCAAGUUGCUUCAGCUUCCGAGCGACCCCACAGGCUUCGGGGUCGACUGUGAAGCGACGGAGGUCGGGAGGCCCCGGGGGAGGAAAGCCGCGCGGCCCUCGCCCUCCCCGCCGUACUCACCCCUCCUCUGCUCCCGCGUGUUCUACUCUGAGGGAGAAGGGAGGACAUCACCGCCUUGGAAGCUGCCCUCCCUUCCACUGCGCUGACGGGAUCGCUAAACCCAAAAGCCAACUCCACGGAUUUUAACCAUCCAAGGAGACUUGUGUAUACGUGGGACCCAUCCAGAGGAUCCGGAAAAAUAUCUCUAUCUCAAGCAGCGGGAGCCGACUCCGCACGUCUGAGCAAGGUGUGCUGAUCGGAAGACAGGGACGUGAAUCCAGUCGUCGUCUAUGCCUCUGCACUCUCAGGCUGGAGAUGGGAGAACCACGAGGGAUUUUCUGCUCUGCCCAGGGCUGUGUUGGUGACGUGAUCAUAGAACAGCGCCUGGUAGAGUCAAAGGAGCCUGCGUCCCAUGUGCCGCUCGCUUGCAGCGCACAGUACUGCGCUUUCCCUGUGGAUGGGAAUGUACUUUGCCUGUGGAACACCAAGGACCCUUCUUACCAGCCUCUGACUCUACAAGGACACCAUGAGCCAAUUACUGCUGUGGCAUUUGGAAAUACAGUGAGUCCACUUCUCAUCUGUUCUGCGUCUCAAGAUUAUGUUAUAAUGUGGAGUCUGGAUGAAUGCAGACAGAAAGUGCUUCAAGGGCUGAGUCCUCGAGGGGUCAUCAUGGGCACCCUUCUGGGACAGGUGCUGUGUUUGAGGUUGAGCCCGGAUGACCGUACAGUUGCUGUAUGUGCUGGAAAUAAAAUAUUGAUGCUGGAUAUUGAGAGCCGGUCUAUACUCGCUGAGCUGGAGGGUCACCAGGGCCACGUGACUGCAGCUGAGUUCUGUCCCUGGCAAACACAUAUCAUCAUCUCUGUGUCUGAAGACAGAAGCUUCAAGGUUUGGGAUCAUCAUGUGGGAUCAUUGAUCUACAACUCACCAGUGUUAACAGCCUUCCCUCUCCUGAGCCUCCUCAUUGAUGCCAAGAGCAGACAGCUAGUGACGGGAUGUGCAAACGGCCAGCUUUGGAUCUUCAGUUUGGUUGAGGGACAUCAUUAUCGUUGUGUGACCCGCGUGAGCCUAAAGAAGAAAAGUGAGAGUUUCUCUAGGAGGGUUGAGUCCAGGCUGUGCAGCCUGCCGGAGGAGAGUCAGCGUCCCUGCACACAUGGCCUGGAGAAGGGAGAGGAGGUCGAAGCAAGCCUCCCCGUCCUGGGGCUGGCGCCCUGUGACCUGUCAGCCAUCGUCAGUGCCCCGUGUGUGUGGGGGCUUUCUUCUGAGACUACCUCAUGCUUGUGGAUUGGAAGCUCAGCUGGCUUAUUCAUAUUUAACUUGGCAAACUUUGAAUUGGAAGCGGUUUUACAUUAUAGGGAUUUCAGGAGCCUCAGCAUUCACGUGGCGGGAUCAUGUGCAGUGAUGAGCAAAGCCAAUGAUGAUAAGGCCAUCUGCUUACUCACAUCCUUGUUUGGCCGGAAGAUCGUCAUGUUGGAGAUCCGUGUUGCUGCUCUGGUGAGGUCUCAGCAGGGUCACGACGCAGGAAGGCAUCUAUCGGUGCUGCCCCGCACCUGUGUUGGGCCCACCUCUCCACUGUGCUUCACAACUGCGAAGGAAAGCAAGACCCCGCCGGCACCUCAGAGACAGUCUGCCGGGAGGAGCACCGUGAAGGACCAGCCCCUGGUUUUCCACACCAAAGUGAGGUCAUCUGGGUACGCGUCUGCACCGCACAUAACUAUGUUUUCACCAAAGGCCAACACCAGGAAGUGUGGUGACCACUCUUCACGACGUAGGGAUGGUCCCAGGUGUAAGGAAUACCCUUUGGAGAAUUCUCCACCAACCAAACUCUACAAGCAGCGUGUCCUCGCCUACGGGCCUGCUGCCGCACACUGCGUCCAGUACUCAGCAGGAGAUGGACAGUGGCUCGCCUGCGGUUUAGCCAACCACUUGUUGCUGGUCUUCCGUGCUGACCUUAGUGGGACACCUACUGUCUUUUCAGGUCACGACGGGGCAGUGAGCACCGUGUGCUGGAGCCAUGACAGCAGGUGGCUGCUGUCUGCUUCCCAGGACGGGACACUGCGGCUGUGGUCACUUCGCAGGGCGGAACUCGCGUUGUGUGUGGGCAAAGAUGUGUUUUCCAAGCCUGUCCGAUCUGCACAGUUUUAUUAUGUAGACACUUUUGUGUUGUUGUCUUCUGGUCCUGAACUUCAGCUCCUGAAGUAUCACAUUGACACUUGCAAGGAUGAGAUCCAACGAUAUAAGCAGAAGAGCAGGUGCAAACGUGUCUUCAGGCUUCCUACGACUGGUAGGACAGAGAUUACCAGUUUAUCAGCCGUCAACGACUUCUAUUCCUAUCUUGUGCUCACAGCCGGCCGGAACAGGACUCUGGAGGUUUUCGACCUCAAUGCAGGUCGCAGUGCAGCCAUGACAGUGGAAGUGCAUUCACGGCCUGUCCACCAAAUCUGUCAGAAUAAAGGAUCAUCAUUUACGACCCAGCAGCACGAGGCUUAUAACCUUUUCGCCACCACCGCCAGUGGGGAUGGCAUAAAGCUGUGGGACUUGAGGACCCUAAGAUGUGAGCGCCGUUUUGAAGGGCAUCCAAACCACGGGUACCCAUGUGGAAUUGCUUUUAGCCCUUGUGGACGCUACGUGGCUUCUGGUGCUGAGGACAGACAUGCCUACAUGUAUGACCUGGGCUCCAGCACGUUUUCUCACAGACUGGCUGGACACAAGGACACCGUCACCAGUGUGGCCUUCAGCCCGGCAGCCCCCCAGAGAGCUUGCCCAGAAACACAGGAAGAGGCCUCAUUUGGAAGGGAUUUUUCAGUGCUUCUCCGAGAAGGAAGACUUCCGAUAGCUGGCCUCAGCCACCCUGGACGGCAGGCUGCAGCUGUUCGUAGCGGACGGCUGACCGCUGGCCGGCGACCACGGCGGGGGGCCCGGCGCCACCAGGACUCACGUCCCUCCCCUCCUCACACUGCUGCUCACGCCCGGCAGUGCCCCCCGCUCCUCCAAGGGUCACCCCUACUGCAAGAACGGAGUUGGCAUCCGGUACUUCUGCACAGAAUGUGGGCAAGUUAAAACAGAAUGUUCUUCAAUAGACUGUAACCUAGUGUUUGUUUCAUAACAGACUUUGCGGGUGGGAAGGGGAAUCCACGCUGGGAGCGUGGGUGUUCAGCAGUGGGCAGCACUGCCCCAGGCCUCCCGACGACCUGCCCCGGUUCUGCUCGGUGAACAGGGGGCUCUGCACAAGGUUUGGCUACUGGGCCUUUCCUCUCAGCGGAGGCAGAGUCUGAGGAUCCCCAGGAUCACACACAAACUCCCCAGCCACGAAUGGCUGUUCUGGGGAUGGACAGCAGGUAUCCGCCCUCCUAGGGCCCAGAGCCAAGUCUUUCUGGGGUCCCAGGAGAGUCAGGAUGCUUCUAGAACAGGUCCAGAUGGCCAAUGACCAACAGCGCACGAUGCCACAGGACAGAGCCUCGUAGGGCUGGCUGGACCGACCCUGGACCGACCUUGCCCCUCUCCUGCCCACAGAUGUGCUCUCACUCCCCUUCUGAGAAAUAACAGGUGGGCCUCCGGCUCCACAUGGGAAUGUCCACGCACAGACUGAUCAGAAAUAUACAUGCUUUCCUUGCAAAGUUUUAGCGAGACAACAUUUUGGGAAAAACUCAUUUUUAUUUUUCUGACAUUUGGAGUUAUUUAAUCUAUGUAUAGCAAUUCUACUAUCUCCCUUUGUUAAAAUUAAAUUCUUUUGAAACCAGUUAAAAUAGGUAAAUGGAGCGUUAUAUGGACAAGUAAACCCAUAGAAUGUUAUUUAGUAUUCUUAAUUCCAGUUACAGCAUUUGAAAUUUUUUUUUCAUAUCAUUCUUAAUUCUGGCAAAAUACACAUAACAUGAAGAGCACCAUCUGAAUCACUUCUAAGGACACAGUUCAGUGGUGUUAACUGUGUCCACCCUGCUGUGCAGCCGCCACCAGCAUCCGUCUCUAGAACCUCCUCAUCUUGCAAAACGGAAGCCACCCCCACUAAGCACCGGGUCUGCUUCCCCACUCGGCCGCACCCUCUUCCUCUCUGUGCCUGGAUUCCCCUGUGGAGUCGUCCUUUUGUGACUGGCUCAUGUCACUGAGCAUAAUGUCCCCAAGGUCUAUCCGUGUCAUAGCAGGUGCCAGGAUCCUCGCCGGGUGAUAGACAUGCUGUUCGUUGUCCAUCCGUCCACGGCCACUUGGGUUGCUUUCACCUUCGGCCGUUGUGACUGUUGCUGCUGUGAAUGUCAAUUUGGAAGGAUCUGUUCAAGACCAUGCCUUCUGGACUUUUGGGAAAACACCCAGAAGUGGAAUUGCUGGAUAAUGUGAUAGUUCUAUUUUUAAUGUUCUGGGGAAGCUUUGGUGCCACCAGGUGCACCAGCAUUUUGUCUUUCACAUGCCAGUUCCACGUGUGAUGUUUGUGGUGUUAACGUCUUCUUACAUAUCACAUUCAUUUUUUUAUAGAGAUUUUCUCUAAAGUAAGUCUUGAUUCCAGUUGCAUCAAAUGUGACUUUGAGAAAAAGAUUUUAAAUGAUUGAAUGUCAAUAAUAAUAGCCAAAUAUUUUAAAGAAAAACUAAUGUGUUAAAAAAAAAUAAAACCCUAGACAUUAGAAAGCUUUGUCAGGGACAAUGCAGGACAAAGUAAAUUGGAAAAGCUGUUGCUGAGGUGAGAGGCAGGAGGAGUGGGAGUGUGGGGGGCAGAGCCAGGGGGCCACUCAACUGUGGUACGGGCACUGGGGCCGUGCGAGUCAGACUUGCUGAAGGUGUGGGGCAUCUUGUUAAUGUUUUAUGUGUGUUAUAUAGUGAUUACACCUUCCAAGCAAUAAGCAAGUGCACGGUGAUGUCAACGUGGGUGGUUCUUCUACCUUCAUCAGAGAACAUUAAUAAAAAUAAUGUAUUAUAUAGCA